AAGAACCCCAAGCCAUCUUGGAUCUUUGUGUCAACUGAUAGAAUGGCAUCCUCCAUCGUGGAACAGCCCAAUGCCGUGCAGGACUCGGGACUUGCUGAGCGCGCCGUGCUGGACCAAUAUGAAGUCGAGUCUGGGUUACAAAAUCGAACAGAGGGGAUUAUCCAAGCUCCGUUGAUUCAGAAUAUUCUGUCCCAACUCGAUGGAGUGUUCCCAUUCGAUGAGGCAGUCAUCGAAGCCUUGCCCAAGGAUGUUACCUUCACCUCAGUCGAGAGUUUCGGCACCAGUGCGUGGACCGUGACUGGGAGAGUAACGGCUCAGAAAGCCGACGGGUCCAUCCAGCGCUUCUUUCUCAAGGUUGCUUACGGAGAGCAUGGUCGUCUGAUGCUUGGAGGCGAGCACGUAUCUUCCAAGAUGAUUUACAGCGUCAUGCCCGACUUCAUUCCCACACCAUAUGGCUACGGACGUUAUAAAGUUCAAAGCCCAGACACCUACUUCUACCUCUCUCAGUUCAUCGACAUGGACGUGACGACUGCACCCGACCCUGAUGACCUGAUGGGCAAUCUUGCUGAGCUGCACAAGAACAGCCAGUCACCUACCGGCAAAUUCGGCUUCCCUGUCACAACCUACGACGGCAACAUCCCACACCGUGUCACUUGGGAGAGCAAAUGGGUCGACUUCUUCCGCAACCUCUUCCUGCAUGCCUGCAGCCUCGACGCUGAAGUAAACGAGCCUUGGCCCGAACUCGAGCUCGCUGUCCGCCAGAUGGGUGACGCCGUGAUUCCGCGACUGCUGGGCAAUCUGCGCCAGAGUGGCACUGAUGAGCCUGUGAAGCCGUGCCUGAUCCAUGGCGACUUGUGGGAGGGAAAUCGAGGCAUCGAUAUGGAGACGGGCGACAGCGUUAUUUAUGACGCCAGCUCCUACUUUGCGCACAACGAGAUGGAAUUCGGAAAUUGGAGAAGUGAAUUGAACACCUUCUUUCGCUCAAAGACUUAUAUGGCUCACUAUCUGAGGCGCUUUCCAGCUGCGGAGCCUGUCGAGGAGUUUGAUGACAGGAACAGACUGUACAGCAUCAAGGUCGCCAUUAACUACUCAGCGAUGCGGCCUGGAAGUAUCAGAAGAAAGACAGCCUAUAAUAACAUGUGCUACCUUAUUCACAAGUAUGCACCUAUUGAAGGCGUCGAGCAGUAUGAUCCGCGUUCAGAUCCGUUUGUUACUGGCGCUCAUUUCCAAGUGUAUUCAAGCUCGGACUAAUAUUGGGAAACCUUGUUCUUUACCAGCAAAUGGACGACUAUAGAAAGCUGCGGAUGCUACCUUGCAGUACUAAUAGGAAUCGCGUCAAUGCAAUUGUUACAUACGGUAUCUAAGAGAUAUUAUAGCGAUUGGGUUAUAAAGAUACACCUACGCAUAAAUCUAGGAAACAAAAAAAAAGACUAGAUUAAAAGUGUCACUUGUCGAAUCGAAACACAUUACCCCUUCC